AUGGCAGGGUUUAGUGAACGUUUCAUUCCGAACUUCGCGAGUAUUGUCCACCCUCUGCGGCAACAGCUUAAGGAGAACAUCUGGGCGUGGGACGAAAAGUGCCAAGAAGCAUUCACCAAGUUGCAAGCCUCGUUAAGCGAAUUUUCACUACUACACCAUUAUGUAAUCGGACAUGACACCGAACUAGUUGUAGACGCCAAUAUCACGGGUAGGGGGGCAGUUCUUGUCCAGCGAGCAUCGAAGACGGAGGCCUUCCACCCGGUUAUGUACAAGUCGCGCUCACAGAAAGAGGUUGAAACCAGAUACUCCGCGACAGAGCGAGAGGCACUAGCCGUGCGCUGGGCAUGCAGGAAGCUACGAAAGUAUUUGCUCGGUGCACCAAAAUUCCGCAUCGUUACCGAUCACCGUCCACUAACCUAUAUGUUCCACAAGUUAUGCGGGGAGCUACCCCCAAGAGUCGAUAACUUUGUUAUGGACGUGCAAGAGUUUGAGUACGAGAUCGUCUACCGUCCGGGAAAGACAUGCAUCGCCAAUUACAUGUCACGACAUCAUGUUGAUCGAGCAGGAUCAAGUCGAGUGUUUGAGAUCGAAACAGCAGCGGAGAGCGUUGUUGAGAGCGGGUGCUGCCACGCCCUUAAUGAACAAGGAACAGUGACGGUGGAGGACAUUAGGGCUGGCUGA